AUGGCGUCAUCCGCCUCCAACACGACGCAGCGCCUGCUGCGCGAGCUCAAGGAAUACACGAAAUCGCCCAACGAAGUCCUACUGCACCUCGGGCCCGUCGACGAGGAAGAUUUGCUGCGUUGGGAGGCCGUUCUGAAGGGCGUUGACGGGACACCGUACGAGGGCGGACUCUGGCACCUCCGUAUCGGCAUCCCAUCCAACUAUCCUCUCGCGCCCCCGACCAUCCAUUUCACGACGCGCAUCUCCCACCCCAACAUUUCCUUCGCCACAGGCGAGAUAUGUCUGACCCUCCUCACUACCGAGCACUGGAGUCCCGUCUACACGCUGUCGUCGACUCUGACCGCCGUUCACCAGCUGCUUACCGACCCGCAGCCGGACUCGCCGCUGAACGUCGACGUGGCGGCGUUGCUACGCGACGGUGAUCUGCCUGCCUGGGAGAGCGUGGUGCGGUACUGGACGGGCGAGGAGCGGUGGCAGGGAGCCGGCAACUUGGGCCGGUGA